GACCCCCCUCGACACCCCCAAACCAGCCCAGGGACCCCAAAAUCAGCCCAGGGACCCCCCCCUGACACCCCCAAAACAGCCCCAGGGACCCCCAAACCAGCCCAGAGACCCCCCUCGACACCCCCAAACCAGCCCAGGGACCCCAAAACCACCCUAAGGACCCCCCCCUGAGACCCCCAAACCAGCCCAGGGACCCCAAAACCACCCCAGGGACCCCUCAGACACCCUCAAAACACCCCAGGGACCCCAAAAUCAGCCCAAGGACCCCAAAACCAGCCCAGGGACCCCCCUCAAGACACCCCCAAACCAGCCCAGGGACCCCAAAACCAGACGUGGGACCCCCCCCCAGACACCCCCAAACCAACCCCCAGCCCCCCCCAACAUGGCGCCCCCCUCCAACCCCUCCGCCUCUCCCGCUGCCGUACGGAAGAGCCACUUCCGGGUCUCCCCUUCGCCACCCACCAAUCAGCGAGCGAAGCCCACCCUGGCAGGAGGGAUUUCUCCUUCAAUUGGCUCUUUCAGCCGCCCAUCAAAACUUCCCGUAACAUUCUAUUGGUUGCGGCGCGGCGUGGGCGGGCCCUUUGCGCUCCGCGCUUUUCCAUUGGCUCCCCUCGCCGUCCAUCACCGAUCCCUCGCUCCCCAUUGGCUGCGGCGCGGCGGGAGCGGGAGCUUCGCUCUGAGGCGGGAGCGGGAUCCGCCCGGAGCCCCCAAAACUCCCCCGAAAAACCCCCAAAACCCCCCAAAAUCCCCCCCCCGGAUCCCGAUCCCGCGGCCAUGGAGCGGCAGCGGGAGGUGAAGGCGCUGCUGAAGCGCUGGGAAGCGGAAUUCCUGCGGGAAGAGCGGCGGAAGCCCAGCCAGGCCGACGUGGCGGCGGCUCCCGAGGAAACCCGGCGGCUCUACCGGGAAUAUCGGAGGCUGAAGAAGGAAUCGGGAAAAGCUUCGGAUUCCUCGGGAAAAGCUUCGGAUUCCUCGGGAAAAACGGGAUCCGGGGAAAUCCCCCCCGGGGAGCAGGAUUCGGGAUUUUGGGGCUCCCACCUGAACAGGAAGCCGGGAAUUCCCGGGAAGAGCCGGAGCGGAACGUCGGGAACGUCGGGAACGUCGGGAACGUCGGGAAUGUCGGGAAUGUCGGCCCAGUUUUGGGGGAUGAAGCUCAAAUCCAAACUGGGAGCCACUGGGAAGGAGCCCCCCCUGACCCCCCGGAGGACCCCAAACCCCAGGAGGCUCCCGACCAUUCCCAGAUUCCGGACGAACCCCGAGGAAGAGCCUGGAAAACCCGGGAAUUCCGGAGCUGAUCCCGGAGACGAUCCCGGAGAUCCCGGAGAUCCCGGAGCUCCCGGAGCUCCCGGCUCCGUCGUCCUUCCUCCCUCGCUGUCGGGAUUGACCCCCCUCAUCCUCAGCUCGGGAACGAGACCCCCCCAGGCUCCCCCAGAUCCCGGAAAAUUCCGGAGGCUGAGGGAGAGGGUGGCCCAGACUUUGGGAGCCUUGGAUCCCGCCUGGAUCCGGAGGUGCCACCGCGACCUGGAGCCGGGAGAAGUCGGGAUGAGGCGGAGCCGGGAGGGAGAGGAAGGGGAAGAGGAAGAGGAAGAGGAUGAGGAAGAGGAAGAGGGUGGGAAGAUGUCGGGAAACGUCUCGGAAUGCUUGGAAAACAUCCCGGAAAAGCAGGAAGAGGAGAAGGAAAAGCAGGUGGGAGCUCCAAGGAGAAGUGGGAAGAGUCCAAAAUCCUUGGAAAACUUCCUGGAAGAGGAAGAGGAGGAUGAGGAAAAGCAGGUGGGAGCUCCAAGGAGAAGUGGGAAGGGACUGGAUGGCUUGGAAAACAUCCUGGAAAAGCAGGAAGAGGAGAAGGAAAAGCAGGUGGGAGCUCCAAGGAGAAGUGGGAAGAGUCCAAAAUCCUUGGAAAACCUCCUGGAAGAGGAAGAGGAGGAGAAGGAAAAGCACUUGGAAGCUCUAAAGAAGAGGAGGAAGACUCUGGAUCUCUUGGAAAACAUCCCGGAAAAGCAGGAAGAGGAGAAGGAAAAGGAGGUGGGAGCUCCAGGGAAGAGCAGGAAAACUCCAAAAUCCUUGGAAAACUUCGUGGAAGAGGAAGAGGAGGAGAAGGAAAAGCACUUGGAAGCUCCAAAGAAGAGGAGGAAGCUUCAGGAAUGCUUGGAAAACAUCCUGGAAAAGCAGGAAGAGGAGAAGGAAAAGGAGGUGGGAGCUCCAAGGAGAAGUGGGAAGAGUCCAAAAUCCUUGGAAAACUUCCUGGAAGAGGAAGAGGAGGAGAAGGAAAAGCACUUGGAAGCUCUAAAGAAGAGGAGGAAGCUUCAGGAAUGCUUGGAAAACAUCCUGGAAAAGCAGGAAGAGGAGAAGGAAAAGCAGGUGGGAGCUCCAAGGAGAAGUGGGAAGACUCCAAAAUCCUUGGAAAACACCCCGGAAGGGGGAGAGGAGGAGAAGGAAAAGCACUUGGAGGGUCUGAGGAAGAGCAGAAAAAUGCCAAAAUCCUUGGAAAACCUCCUGGAAGAGGAAGAGGAAGAGAAGGGAAAGGAGGUGGGAGCUCCAAGGAAGAGCAGGAAAACUCCAAAAUCCUUGGAAAAGCUCCCGGAAGAGGAAGAGGAGGAGCAGGAAAAGCAGGUGGGAGCUCGAAAGAGAAGUGGGAAGAGUCCAAAAUCCUUGGAAAACUUCCCGGAAGGGGGAGAGGAAAUGAAGGGAAAGCACUUGGAAGCUCUGAGGAAGAGCAGGAAAACUCCAAAAUCCUUGGAAAAGCUCCUGGAAGAGGAAGAGGAAGAGAAGGAAAAGGAGGUGGGAGCUCCAAGGAAGAGCAGGAAGACUCCAAAAUCCUUGGAAAACUUCCUGGAAGAGGAAGAGGAGGAUGAGGAAAAGAAGGUGGGAGCUCCAAGGAAGAGCAGAAAAACACCAAAAUCCUUGGAAAACUUCCCGGAAGAGGAAGAGGAGAAGCAGGAAAAGCACUUGGAAGCUCUGAGGAAGAGCAGGAAAACUCCAAAAUCCUUGGAAAAGCUCCUGGAAGAGGAGGAGAAGGAAAAGCAGGUGGGAGCUCCGAGGAAGAGGAGGAAGCUUCAGGAAUCCUUGGAAAACCUCCCGGAAGAGGAAGAGGAGGAGCAGGAAAAGCAGGUGGGAGCUCCAAAGAAAAGCGGGAAAGCUCCAAAGAAGAGCAGGAAAAGUCCAAAAUCCUUGGAAAAUCUUCCGGAAGAGGAAGAGGAGGAGCAGGAAAAGCCCAAAGCCGCCCCCAGAACCAGGAGGUGCCCCCGGAUUUCCGGCGGGAAUUUCGUGCGGCUCAACCUGCGGCGGAAAACGUAUUCCCGGGGCUUCGCCCUGCGCGGGAAAUCCCUCCGGAGGCAGGUGUACCGGGAGAAGUGGCGGAAGAAGUGGGGGGGCCCUUCCGGGGGCGGCGGAUCCGGCGCCUGCUUCCGCUGCGGGAAACCCGGACACUGGGCGGCCCAAUGUCCAGGGAGGGAUUUGGGAUCAUUCCCGGCGGGAAACGCUCCCAAGGAUGAGGAGGAGGAGGAGGAGGAGGAUCCACUUCCCACUCUGGAAGAAGUGGCUCGAAGGACCAACAGCGUUUUCCCGGGAAUCUCCGCCAGCGGGUCCCACGCGCCGGAAUCCUCCCGGAACCUUCUGGAAGCGCCUCCUCUCCCGGAUAUCCGGCGGCCGGAAUUCCAUCCCUGCCCCCCCCCGGCGCCCGUGGAGCCGCUUUACCCCCUGGGACCGGGCGGGGAAGUGCCGGAUCCCCCCGAGGAGGUUCUGGAAGCGCUCCGGGAUCUGGGACACUCCUCCUUCCGCCCGGGCCAGGCCGGGGCCGUCAUGCGGAUCCUCUGCGGAUUGUCCACGCUGGUGGUGCUUCCCACGGGAACGGGGAAAUCCCUGUGCUACCAGCUCCCGGCGCUGCUCUUCCACCGGCGCCGCCGCGCCCUCGCCCUCGUCCUGUCCCCGCUCGUGGCCCUCAUGGACGACCAGGUCUCGGGGCUCCCCCGCUGCCUCCGGGCCGUCCGGGUCCAUUCCCACAUGUCCCAAGCCCAGCGGGAAUCCGCCCUGGAAAAGGUGCGCGCGGGCGAGGCGCAGGUGCUGCUCCUGUCCCCGGAGGCUCUGCUGGGCUCGGGGUUCCUGCCGGGCCGGGCUCGGCUCCCGCCCGUGGCCUUCGCCUGCCUGGACGAGGCCCACUGCGUGUCCCAGUGGGCCCACAACUUCCGGCCCGCCUACCUUCGGAGCUGCAAGGUUCUCCGGGAGCGUUGGGGCGUCCGGUGCUUCCUGGGCCUGACGGCCACGGCCACGGCGGCCACGGCCCGGGCCGUGGGGAGGCACCUGGGAAUUCCCGGGGAUCCGGGGAGCCCGGAGCGCGCGGGGGCCGUACCCGGAAACCUGCGGCUCUCCGUGUCCAGGGACAGCGACCGCGACGGGGCCCUGCUGUCCCUGCUCCGGGGGGAGCGUUUUGGAUCCCUGGAUUCCAUCCUGGUGUUCUGCACCCGCCGGGAGGACACGGAGCGCGUGGCCGCCCUCAUCCGAACCCACAUCCCGGGAAUCCCCGGAGCCCGCGGCGGGAAAGGUGGGAACUGA